AUGCCACGAAUCUCUAUACCAACAAUUAUUCGAGCAUAUCAUCACCAUCGUCUUCUUCCACUACUCUUGAAGGAAUGCCGCACCCUAGAAUCAGCCCGAAAUGAGCUACGAUGGUUACGCGAGAGAGCUCUCCAGGUUACUCAGCAAAAGUGUACAGGUGAACGAACGAUAUCAGGACAGUCUAUCGCCGGAUGGAGGAGUCUGCUCAGGAAAAUGUGCCAGGUCCGGUCAAGAGGAAUGCCUCUCCAGUACAUUCUCGGGGACCAGCCUUUUGGGGACCUGGAUAUCAUCUGUAAGAAAGGGGUAUUAAUUCCAAGACCUGAAACAGAAACAAUCACUAUGCACACUGCAAAUCUAGUCUUGAAAAAUAUGCAGGGGGGUCAAUCUCAAAUUUUGGCCGGGGACGAAUCAGCACCUCUACGUAUUCUAGACUUAUGUACAGGCACAGGCUGCAUAUCACUCCUUCUACACGCUCUUCUAUCACCCCAUUUCCAACGCCUAUAUAUCUUAGGCAUCGAUAUAAGUGAUGUGGCUAUUGGGCUAGCAAGGCGGAACACGGAGCACAAUAUUCGCCGUGGUUUACUCUCGAAGCGCGCUUUAACAGAGGUCUCCUUCCAGCGUGGCACUGUGUUGGGUCAUGACCAUAAUAAUGCGCCCCUAGUUGAAGAUUUGAUGGGCGAUGCCUUUCGUGCUAACUCCCCAUGCGGGGUUCGAUGUGAUGUUCUCAUCUCAAACCCACCAUAUAUCUCCCCUGAGCAUUUUCGUGAUGGAACCACGUCACGUAGUGUCCGUAUUUUUGAACCAGAGCUUGCGUUGGUCCCUCCCGAUGAGCAUUUUCCACACACGGAAGAGCCUACCCUGCGUGAGGAUCUAUUCUAUCAUUACAUCAUAUCUUUAUCUUUUAGGCUUCAGGUAAAGUUAGUGGUGCUCGAGUGCGGGGAUGGUCCCCAAGCGAGGCGUGUGGCUGCUCUCUGCAGGCGGGCUCUAGAUAGGGACCAGUUGGCAGGUGAGCUAUCAGUUGGGGUUUGGUCGGUUGGUGGGACAGAUGCUGCUCCACAUGCGGUGAUUGUUCAGCAGCAUGUCAAGAUAGAUGUCUAG